CCCAUACCCUACCCGACCCAUCCUCACCACCAGAACACAACCUCCGGCGGCCCUCUUGUUGGCGAUGUGCUGGUCCGUACUCCGACCACGAGAGAUUCCUAAGCCGACGACCACAAAAAGGAACCACCUCUUCAUCCCUUCCAACGAAGCAGUCAUACAUCAACGUCGACCAGUAAAAUCCCAAACUCCACACGAUCUCCACUCCUCUUAGCAUUAGAGACAAAGUGCUCCCUAUGGUUUCCAACACCUUAUUCCUCAACUAAUUCCCGAGCCACAAAAAUGAUGAAUCAAAUCUAACAAAAUCCAACUUGCCACUACUACUGGAUUCGAGAGCUGGAAAUUGGGGAAGUGAAAUGAACCUCAUAGAUCGGAAUUACAAGGAACAAUUCAUUACUGUCUCCGGGGAGUACUUGCGGAAAGGCACGUAGACGCCCCGCUCGAAGUCGAGCUGCUCCAUGGCCUUGCUCAAUUGCACAGCUCCGUUGGCUUCAUUCGCAACCGCCACGCUCCUGCUCCUGCUCGCUCCAUUUCCAUUUCUAGGACCGGUGGUGGCGGUAGCAGCAGCCGAAGCUCGAAACGUCGGCGACAGCCUGCUCCUCGAAACCACGGAGGAGAGAGCCGGAGUACGGACCAACACAUCGCCAACAAGAGGGCCGCCGGAGGUUGUGUUCUAGUGGUGGUGAGGUUGGUUUGGUAGGUUAUGAGGUGUGUAGAAAAGAAAUUAGGUUUUUUAUUUUUUAAUGAAUGUAAUAAUGAAGU